UUUUACAUUUCUCAAAGGUGUUGGUAGCCCUAUCGGAAAUACCGAAUAACAACAGCAUGUAAUGAGACAUAUGAUUUUAGUCAAAAACUGAAAAUUAUAGUAGUUAGAAUUUAGAAUUUAAAAUAAAUGGAUCCCAAUUUAAGAAAUCUUAAAGAUUUUCUCGGCUUAUACAAUAAAGUAACAGAACUGUGUUUUACACGUUGCGUUGAUAAUUUAAGCGAUAGAAAUUUGAGCACUAAUGAGCAUACCUGCGUUGAUAGCUGCGUGACUAAAUUUGCGCGCUUUAAUCAAAAAAUGAUGAAUGUAUAUAUAGAGGUGCAGACUGAAAUCAAUCAAAGACGAAUUCGUGAGCUUGAAGAAAGUCAAAACGGUUUACAACGCGAAGUAGGAUCACAAGAACCACAAGGUACAGCAGAACCAGUUCCAAAAAAGAAACCUAAAGUAAUACCAGGUUUAGAUGACAAAAAGCCAGCUGGUAGUGCUUGGUUGUAAUUAGAUCGUACUGUCCAAACUCAACCUCAAGAUUCUACAAUGUUAUGUAUAUGUUUAGUGGCCUUAAUAGGCCUUCCAGCUGCUGGAAAAACAACAAUCAGUAACUGGUUGCUCUAUCUUGAACAAAAUUAUUUUAAUGUUAUACAUGUUUGUUUUGACGAUUUUUUUAAAAUUAAUGAUACUGAAAGUGAAACUUCAAUAAUAGAUUAUAAAACGGAACGAAAUAAAAUAUUUGAUGUUUUGGCUAUAAUAACAAACUCGCUAAAAUUACACAAUACAGUGCCAGUGGAAUUGAAAAAUAAAAUUAAAUGCUCCAUGUCAUUUGAAACAAAAAAGUACGUAAUAAUUU